AUGGCGGACAAGACAGCAAAGUACCGGACGGAGAUCCAGCAGAUGAUGUAUGUCUCUGGAGAGACCGCUGAAGCUUCCGCCGAAACAACUGGAAUGAUCGAGGAAAUUGUAAGACAACAAGUCAUAGAGAUGCUACGACAAUGUACGGAACAAGCUUCUCGCCGAGGUAGCAGGUCUAUUUCUACGGACGACCUGAUUUUUUUGAUUCGCCAUGACGUUGCUAAAGUCUCUCGUCUCCGUACUUUCCUCUCCUGGAAGGAUGUUCGAAAGAAUGUUAAGGACUCUGACGACAAAGGAGGCGAAGGGGAUCUUGGAACUGGGGAUGAACCUGUCGGCGCUGUUGCCGGAGGACCUGUCGUCGACACGACCAAGAAGAAUAAGAAAGCCAAAGUUGGGCUGCCCUGGGAAGUUCCAUCAUUUUACAAUGCCGAAGUCCCCGAACGAGAAGAUGAGGAGGACGAGGACGAAGAAGAAAUGAAUUAUGCUACUCUGCAACGCCUUAAGAAAGCCGAUGAGCGCACAAAAGUGAUGACCAAGGAGGAGUAUGUCACCUGGUCUGAAUACCGACAAGCAUCUUUCACCUUCCGCAAGGGCAAGCGAUUUAAGGAAUGGGCUGGCUUUGGCGUGGUUACUGAUUCGAAGCCAAACGAUGACAUUGUCGAUAUUCUCGGCUUUCUUACUUUCGAGAUCGUCCAAACGCUUACCGAAGAAGCUCUCAAGAUCAAGGAGCAGGAGGAUUUAGGCAAGGAAAAAUCAGGUGGAGAGCAGCAAGGCAAGAAGCGCAAGUUCACUGGUUUGUUUGAUCCACCUUCCGAAGGUCGCACUCCUGUCGAGACUCGUCAUAUACAAGAAGCUUUCCGGAGACUGCAACAACGGCCGAACAAGCAACGUGCUUUGUGCAACUUUACUAGAGGCUUGAAUCGUACUCCUUUGAAACUAGUAUGUGUAAUUACUCUAAUCCUGUGA